AAUGCAAUCCAUUUUAUGUGAAAAGAAAAUUGUUAUAACAGAACAACAUAACUAAUUGACAAAUCUUCCAUUGAGCUACGUAAUACGUACAUCUCCCUUUGCGGCUGUAAAGGGUAAACGAAAAAAUAAGAGAGAAAGCUGUUUAAGAUUCACAUUUCUGUACUCUUUGAUGUUUCAUGUGGUCAAUGUCCAUGGCAUAGAUAAAUUUCUUAGGCCGUAGAUGAGAAACAUAAGCGGUUUUAGGUUCAUUUAUAUUUAACGGGUAGCAAACUAAAAAUGAAUUGGAUACAAAUAAGUAUUUAAAGUUUUGGUAGUUUUGUGGUUUAUUCUUAAGAAUUAAUUGACACACACAGUGUACAAUUUUAUAUCACAAAUAUUUGUUUAUUUCUUGUAUGUCAAUAACUACUUCCAUGAUUCUUUACCACUCCUGCAAAACACAAAAGAUUUGUAUACCAAACAAAGACAAAAUGCUCGGCUAACAUUUUUUUGGAGAAGACUUGGUAUAACGGCGAUUUUUUCGAAUGGCAACAAGAAACCAAUUACCUGUUAAACACGAGGAGCAUAGCAUGGAGACCCUUUCAGAGGUUUUUCGGUGCUUCAUUUGCAUGGAAAAACUCCGCGAUGCUCAUCUAUGUCCUCACUGUUCUAAAUUGUGCUGUUAUGUGUGCAUAAGAAGGUGGCUUACUGAACAAAGAUCUCAAUGUCCACAUUGUCGAGCAUCUCUACAUUUGCAUGAGUUAGUUAACUGUCGCUGGGUUGAGGAAGUGACCCAACAAUUAGACACACUGCAAGCUAAUAGUCUAAACACUUCCAGGGCAGAUGAAGGUGAAAAAGACAGGUGUUCAACACAUCUUGAAAAAUUAUCCGUUUAUUGCUGGACCUGUAGAUGUUGUAUUUGUCAUCAAUGUGCGUUGUGGGGUGGCACACACUCUGGACACACAUUUAAACCGUUAGACGAGGUCUAUGAACAGCACGUUACCCAAAUUAAAGAUGAAGUGGCGCAGUUGCGCCGUCGUUUGAUGGAACUUAUAAGUAUCGUUCAAGAAGUGGAGAGAAAUGUUGAAUCUGUUAGAUCUGCCAAGGAUGAGAGGGUCAGAGAAAUCAGAAAUGCCGUCGAACUUAUGAUUGCAAGAUUGGAUUCUCAACUCAAAACCAAACUGUUAACACUAAUGGGACAGAAAGACACACUUACGCAGGAAACUGAACAAUUGGAACAUUUACUUCACGAAAUUGAGCAUCAAUUACACGCUUGUACCCGGUCCGAGUUGAUCUCAAAAAGUUCGGAAUUGUCUAGAAUGAUUCACAAUAUCCGAAGGAAACCAAUGACUAGUUUCGUAACAGCACCUGUACCAGCGGACUUUCAUAGCGAAAUUGUCCCAGCAUACAGCAUUAGCACCUUUGUUAUGCACAACUUUACGCAGCUACAGAGAAAGGCUGAUCCCGUUUAUUCAACGCCACUUCAUUGCAAUGGUCUGUGUUGGCGACUGAAAGUUUAUCCGGACGGUAAUGGUGUGGUACGAGGAAACUAUUUGUCUGUGUUUCUGGAAUUAAGUGCAGGUUAUCCUGAACCUUCCAAAUACGAAUAUAGGGUGGAAAUGGUGCAUCAGACAAGCCGAGAUUCUUCAAAAAAUAUUGUAAGGGAGUUUGCAUCUGAUUUUGAAGUUGGGGAAUGUUGGGGCUACAACCGAUUUUUCAGACUUGAUUUACUCGCCAGUGAGGGUUACCUUAAUGUGGCUUUGGAUACAUUGGUGCUGAGGUUUCAAGUUCGUGCUCCAACUUUUUAUCAAAGGUGUCGCGAUCAGCAGUGGUAUAUAAACCAGCUUCAGACCGUUCAGAACCAAUAUAUUUCCCAAAUAACCGAAUCCAAAGAGAGGCUUGCGGCAGAAUUGUCAAGAAGCGCAGUAGCGGCAUCGUUAGGUUGCAAUCCGCAAAACGACUUCCAAAAUAUCGCUUUGGUGAACAGCGUCUUCAAUCUGCAACCUUUACCCGUCAACACUACUAACGAAAUAGUAUUAGAUAACCACAUAAUUUCAUCUGUACCGACGACGUCCCAAAGUAACGUAGCCGAAAAAUCGUACUCCUCGGAACUAGCUAACCUGCAAAGAAAAUUAAAUUUAUCAGAGUGCAAUGCAAGUGCCGUUCAGACCGCCAAGGUGUCAACGGGCGAGUGCGCCUGUCUGUCAAAAUCACAAACGAACGAGCCAGUUAGUAGCGCAUCGACGUCCGUGUCGUCCAUUCAGACUAACGUCAUCAGUAAAAAGUCAAACGAGACUUCUUGUAGCGACACUAGUCGGGAGCAUCAUCAACUGCUGGGUCUUGGUGUAUCACUCAGUUCUCCCAACUUGCUCAACUCCGCAGUUUCAUUGAUGUUGAGCAGCAGCAGCAGCGAAAGCGAUCUUAGCGAACCAGAGCCUCUUAUCGAAGGGUUUGAACCUGGAGACAAUACUCCUGCUUGUACUGGCGAUAAUUCUAAUGACGAAAAUGAUGUUGACGUUGAAACAAUGUCUGGAGAGAAUGAUGUUGAAUACGCCGAACUGUCGAUGGCCCAAGGACUCGUUUUGAGAAACCAGGAAGACAAUAUGGCAACGAAUCUGCUUAACAGUUUUGAUAAAAAACUUAACACGUUCGAAGAGAGGAUUAAAUUGCUGACGUUGUUUGAAAAUGCUAGCGACAGAGUUCUGGCGUCAGGCAGUUCUAAAGCAGGAAGUAAUUCCACCGGCGGUCUCGAUUUUCCAACUACUAGUUUCGAUCUGGCUACGCUGGGGUCAGCUCCCCAAAAAAUUAGUGGCGGUUCAAGUUUGACAACUAUGGAAAACAGGAAAAAGUUAAAACAAAGAUUUCGGUCUCAGCAUAAUGACACCUCCCCAAUUAGCAGUACCUCUGGGGGUGUUUGGACAGAAACGAUACCUUUGACAGUCACCACCAAGGAAUCCGUUAUGGGUCCUCUAGAAUCGUUUCUUCGUUCAAUAAAUUGUUACCCCGAACACGAUCAAAAUGGUAAACGGGAUUCGCCAUUAAAAGAUAGACGUAAACACCACUGCGGCGGUUCGCAUUACGUGAACUCGGUAGCACACGCGACAUCGCCUCCACCGUUGAGCGAACACGUCGAAAAUUGCAACCAACCGUCUUCCUCGACAGGGUUUAGUUGGACGCCGCCAUUUGUGAAUCAGAAGAGGGUACCAAGAGCCUCGCCUGCUCAACAUGGCGAUCAUUCGAUACCCGAGAAGGAUAAUAAAACCGAAAGACAUGACAAGGACUCUUAUUAAAUAAGAGUGAACCAGAUUACAUUCUAAACUUGCGGGAGCUGCAAAACUUGCGAAAGAGACCUACCUAAUGGUGUUAGUGUCGUCAGUCUAGCUAUUAGAGCGAAAGUGUUCGAAGAAUAAGUAGUAGUAGUAAGUAUGCUUCAUAAAAUUGCAAGGCCUACUGAAACAGACCAUGCAGAUGAAUGUAUCCCCACUAUUUUAUAUGUCCAGCUGGAUCCACGGACAAUAGUAAACCAACCCUUUUUUCCCAGUUCUGUGUCUGUUUCAGUCAUAAAUAAAGUUGUAUAGGUGUGUGUGACAAAAUUAUACCAGUCCAUUUCGUAUAUUCUAUUUGUCUCCCUUAUAUAAUGAAAAACUUACUCUCUCCAGCCUUUGCUAUAUGGUAGACUGUAGCCUCCGAUAACAGUACACCAGUCAUUGUUGUGCAGUAACCAUUUUCAGAUGCGCAUUUCAAAACUUACAAUUUUUCUGUUUUGUUUAUUUUUUGUGAGCUAAAUCUACCAUUUUGUGUCACGUUCGACCCACCAACAUGAGUGAAC